UCACCCCCUACCGAUUCCUGAAUCAACCCGUGUCCCUCUCAUCCUCGUCCACACACGAAACCCUAGCUCCCUUCUCCCAAUCUUCACUGCUGCUCUCUUUUCCCCAUCGCCGCCGCCACCCAGAUCCGUGCUCUCGCGCUGCCCAGAUCCACGCACACCGCACGUUGGAAAAGGGCAGGAGAGCCGCCUUCGCCCUCCCCUCGCCCCCUCGCUGGUCCAACCGCCGCGCCCAGUCCCCUGGAUGGGACGACGACGACCGUAGGAGAGGGCCGCUGCUGCUGCUCCUCGGCCUCGUGGCCACGGCCUUGGCUGCUGCUGCUGCGGCGGGCGACAUCUAUGGGGCUCGUCGUGCUGAAGCCGUCGGCCGGAGGCACCGGGGGCUCCUCCUCCAGCGGCGGGCAGGGCUCCGAGGCGCUCUUGCUGGCCAACGCCACGGACGUCAGCCACUUCAGCUUCUUCCGGCGCGGCGCCGCACGCGAGUUCAUCGUCUUCGUCGCCCGCACCGUCGCCCAGCGCACCCUGCCUGGCCAGCGCCAGUCCGUCCAGCACGAAGGUUCCACUUCUCAGUGGAGCGAUGUGCGCGUGCACCUGGCAUUUCUUCUAAAACUCGAGAGUCUCUUGAGGCAAAGCUACACCGCAGGACUGAACCAUACCGUACGCCGGGCAUGGUUGUGCUACUAACUGCCAGGCCACCUGUUGGGGAACAAAGUAAUUUCAAAAUAAAUUUCUACGCA